CAGAAAUGACUAUUGGCUUCCAAUCCGGGAUGACAAUCGGCGUAGAAGCUCAGAUCGGCGCUCAAUUCAAGGAAGGAGGAGCCCAAUCCGAGAACCCUAUCAACAUAUUGGUGAAAAUAUCACAAGCGCCAAUCAUAGAUUUGACGGUACAUCUAGACAUUCAGACUUCAUCCACGGAAACCUUCUGGAAUACCAACAACUGCGGAAACCUGUCUACAGCAGAAUCGGAUUACGCAACCGAUCGGGUAGAAUGGCUCCCUAGUGUUCACAAGCCAUACAACCUUGAUAUCUCUUUAACCACUUCCUUGCUCUGUUGGGAAAGUGAAACCCCCAAUCUUCCUAAACCUCUCGACGGUGAACUACCGGGGCUAUGUCGUUAUGACCCUAUGAUUUUUGACCGAGACACUUGCUCAAAAAGUUUGCUUGCAAUGGACAUUGGGCCUCUCUCACAUGCUGAACUUUACAAUGCUAACACUGUCACACCCUUUACGGCCAGGGAGGGAUCACUUUCAGGGAAAGCACUAACACAGAUAGCUCCAGGAUUCCCGGCUUCUAGGGUUAGAGGAACCCAAUCUGAACCUCCCCGCACACUUCAACCGCUUUCCCCAACAGCCCCUCCUUUCAUCCCCUCCUCUUUUAACUCAUUCCGGAUCCUGGAGACAUGCCAAGACAGUGAGGAACUGCUAGUGGAACAAUCCUUAAAUGGAGAUAGAGAUAAUAUUGACUUAUUAAAUUGCUUUUCUACCUCUAGGUUGCUGAAGCUUAAUGCCCUCGAGGAUGUGGCCCCAUCUGGUGGAGAACCGGCUCUAUAUACUCACUCCGAAGGUGAGUCAACAGCUUUGAUUGACUCAAAGCUUGAACCGUGUAGAUUCAGCAUCCCCAGCAGCUCCAUAGUAUCAAUGCCGUUCCCGAAAUUAUCCAAAGGAAAGCCAACUUCUUCACCGUCACAUAUGGUCACCAGGAGCAGGGCUAGGCAACUAGCUGAAGGAAGGAGAAAAACUACCAUUAGGGGAGUUGACACCUCGGACGAAGAUGAAGAGUCCUUCUUUGACGAGUGCAGAGGUAGUAGAGCUAGAAGAGAGGACCAGAUUCGAUUCUUCAUCUGUAAUGGUGGAGAGAAUCCAGCCUUGAAGGAUGGCAUCAAGCUGGAAUCAUUCAUCGUCAUCGUCCGAGAGAGGGUUGACAGAGCCGUUGAGAUAAUCCUGGAGAUUGAACCGUCGGGCAAGAAGAAGAAACAGAAGAUUCCACUUUUUGUAGUUUGGUUGAGAGAAGCUGAGUUGUAUAGGUACAAGGAGUUUGACGGUGGAGAUAGUGAAAGCCAGGUGUGGAGGUUUUAGGGUUUCCGAUUGAGAGGUGACCUCACUUUCAGCUAUGGUGAGGAGAGGGAGAGAGCUGCCGACCGACAAAGGAGAGGGGUGGCGGUGAUGGGUGUUCGGCGAGGAGAGGAGGCCAAAAAUACAAGAUGGAGUUAGGG